UGCCGCCGCGCAGACAUGGAGGAUGAGCCGCUUGAGAGCAAGGUGAAUAAGGCGCGAGUGGCGAGGGCUCGUGAAGUAGAUUUUACACAGUUGUGGAAUCGAGGCUCCAAGGUUUUUCUUCCGUUCCCGGGCUUGGAGGGUUCGUGCCAGAUCAAGAGGCCUCGUUCGAAUUUUGCAGCACGGGGGAGUACAUCGGUUUUAGGAAGGCUGUGGAACCUCUAUUCAAGAAUAGCAGGGGGGGCGUUUUCAUAUUGACAGGUACCAAGGGAGGGGAGAAAAGCAGCAUAUUGAGGGCCUUCGCUUGGGAGCUUAUUAAACUGUACGAUAUGUCGAACAAGCGGCCACGACCUGGAUGUCCUAUCACCAGAGUAGUGUGUAUUUGGUACUUGAAUGUGGAUCAUCCCGUUGCUGAACAGAUCCGUGACGUGCUGCUAUUCACGUUCUGCAACGAGAAAGGGGCGGAGGAGGCCAUAGCCUCCAUAGAAACACCGGAAGAUGCUAAGGCAUUUCUGGAAAGUCGGAGGCGGCUCGGCGAAAGGAUCGUCCUGUUGACUGAUGGGGAAGAGCGUCAUGAUCCGACGACCGGAAGUGAUGCAGAGAAGCGCAAGGCAGCCGAGAAAUGGACAGACGAACUUUGGGGGCAAGCACGCGUUGUGGUGAAGGCCCUUUCACCCAACAGUGAAGUAUUGAAACAAUCUCGGUUUCAAGGUAGUCCCACAGUAUAUAAUAUCAGCAAGAUGUUCACGAAGGCAAAGCGUGAUGCGUACCUGUCGGGAACUGUUCUUGGCAAGUUUCUUGAGAACUAUCCUGAGCACUGGGGUGAUGUCGAGGACCUUGGUGCAUGCCACCCGUUGUCACUCUCCAUUCUUGUUAACCACUGCAACAGCCUGACAGGUUACGCCGCAGGUGCUGACGAAGAGUACGAUGGAUUUCGCGAGAUAUAUGAUCUCUGCGUGGAACCACAACAGCAUCCCGAGCUUGCCGCUGAUCCUUCUGCCACCACUGAUCCUUCUGCCGCUGAUUCUUCUGCCGCUGUUCCUCCUGAUCCCAUUGAGGAGUACUGCCAUAAGUUAGACUGGAAGAUGCUUGUGCGGCGCUACAAACAGGAUCCGGAAUUUCAAGAUUUAAAGAAUUCGAUACGCAUGAACAUGGCGAAUUUGGACCCGCUGUUACCAUAUACGGAACUGGCUGUUCUUUUCCCGGCGUUUACGGUGGCGACGGAGUUCUGCACCCCUUUUAUCGCAAGGAUCCAUACAGAGGAGGUUAACAGGCACUUGAUGUCUACAGAUCCUAUCGGAACAAAGCCUUGACGGCUUACGCACGUCAAAGGCUGGCAGAUGUUGAGGCGUAUGUACUGGGCUGGGCUGGGCUGGCUGAUUGAAAAUUUUAUCGGUGAAGUGAUUUGUAAGAAAGGCAUGAAGCUAGGGGACUUCGAGGUUCCGAGAGAAUUCACCAGGGAACCUUUUGAGGGAGCAGAGCCGAAGCAGGUGCAGACUAAGGGCUUUCGGGACGGUCAACUUCCGGAUAGUUAUUUCUUCAAGUACACCGAUUUCGUGGUGGUGUUCAAGUCUGAAGGCGUCGUCCAUAUAAUUGCUGGGCAGAUAACCAUGAACCCUGAGGACCAUCGAAAGACAGAACAGAAGUUUGUGAAGAAGUCAUACGUUUGAAUGUGGCUACCGGACGUGAGCGAGGACGAAGUUCGGGUGCAUUAUUCCUUCUUCAGCCCGAUGAAGGUUGAUUUGAACCCCCUGGACAAAGAGGCAGAGGCUAUGGAGCACUGGCUGCAUGUUUCGACUUUCUUGGAGUCCUUCGCCGAUGGUAUCACGGAAGAAGAUUGCAAGUUGCUAGAGGAGCUGGAAGAGAAGAGAAAGCAGUCCAAGAAGGAGAGGCGGUCUAAAAUGGACCCUGCCGUGCUGAAGUGGGUCAAUGAAUGCAAGAAGGCAUUCCUGCAGGCGAAGGCGCAGAAGCAUCAGAUAUGGAUAACUGGAACUAAAGAGAGAAUCGUGAAGUCAAUAUUGGACGCAGGGGUUAUGGAGGACUGGCGGUCCUGGGAGGCAGUUGUGCCAUACUUGAGGGGCCGUUCUCACAGCUACGCUCACGGCGCAAGCCAGGACCAAAAUGUGAUAGCGAAGAGAAGCCGAAGAGAAAGAAGCUGAUGCGGAAAGCAUCUUCAAGUAGCGAUGAACAGAAGCAGAAGUGGAAGAAGGUAAGUAGUGACGAAGAGGUAGAGUUGCGAUGAACAUGGAUGCAGUUUAAGCCUUGGUCUCGUCUGUAGUUCAGCAAGUAGAUAGAUGAUGUCACUACAAAAAUAGUAUUGAAACUGGCAGAGUAGAAUAAAUAGAGAAGUAGCAAGCAAUCCAGCUCUGCUGGAAUAGAUACGAAAAUUGUUGGUUGGUGAUAUAAUUCUAUUUGUAGCCAAUGGUUUUUGGGUUAA